ACAUAGAGAGAGGGGGAGAGAGAGAGAGACAGAGACCGAGAGGAGAGAGAGAGAGAAGAGAGAGAGAGAGAGGAUGGGCAAAGGAGCAGAGACGACGGCGAAGAAGAAGAAGAAGGGGCGGCCCUCUCUCCUUGACAUUCAGAAGCGGAUACUCAAGCAGCAAAGAUUGCAAGAAACCCUCACCGGCAGCCCCAAUUCCCACCACCAACCCCCUGAUGCCACCCCAAACCCUAGCCGGCGAUCCACCCGCCGGAAUUCCAUCUCCGACGGGCUUUACCCCUCAUCCGAGUGGGUCUCCGGCGCCGAAGAGGACGACGACGACGACGAACGCAUCAGGAAGAAGCGGAAGCCCCUCUUCGGCCUGGAUUCUCCGGGCCCCAAUUCUUUGGCGGAUUCCCCAUUCGCUGGCUUGGGUCCCUGCGGCUCUGAUUCGAAUCCCAGGAGUGGUAAUCACGAUGCGGAUGCCGGCAGCGGCAAACCCAGUGUCGGAUCUGAAUAUUCGGGUGAAAAGGUUUUGAAAGGGACAGACACUGGAGGACAUGGGUCUGUGGAUGUUUCCGGUCCCACAACACCUUUGCCAGACAAAAAGCUGUUGGCUUUCAUCCUUGAUAGGCUUCAAAAAAAGGACACUCAUGGGGUAUUCUCGGAGCCUGUGGAUCCGGAGGAGCUUCCUGAUUAUCAUGACAUCAUUAAGCAUCCCAUGGAUUUUGGAACUGUGAGGAAGAAACUAGAAGAUGGUGCUUAUGCGAACUUGGAACAAUUUGAGAAAGACGUUUUCUUGAUAUGCUCAAAUGCGAUGCAAUAUAAUUCUCCGGAUACUAUAUUCUUUCGGCAGGCACGAUCAAUGCAAGAGAUUGCGAAGAAAGAUUUUGAAAAUUUGAGGCAGGACAGUGAUGAUAGUGAACCACAGCAAACAAAAGUAGUACGAAGAGGCAGGCCUCCUGGCAGAGGCCUGAAGAAGUUACUAGAGAAAUCCUCAGCUGAUCGCGCUGGUCCCGAGGCUUCCUCAGACGCAGUUCUUGCUAAUGGAGAUAAUUCUUGCUCAUCAAACACAUAUAAUUUGAGGAAAGGACCCGAUCCAUGUCAUCUUCAUCACGCUGAUUCUAUUGGCAAUGCCUCCCGAGUAAACAGAGAAAGUCAGAGUUAUUGGUUUGCUGAGUUCGACAAGGAGUUUCCAGCCUCAGUUUUGAGGAGUGUCAUGAAGGAGGGGAAGAAACUAUGUCCAGCAGAUGAAAAUAAACGAGACAGCUAUAAGCAGCAAUCCACUGGCGGAGAACGCUCUCUUCUGUGCACAUUUGAAUCAGAGACAAAGUACCUAACAGUGGUAGAUUUACGCUCGCGAGAUCAUGGUUAUGCGAGAAGCUUAGCUCGAUUUGCUGCCAAUCUUGGGCCUGUUGUCUGGAGGAUCGCUUCAAAGAAGAUUAGGAGCGUUUUGCCGAACGGAACAAAUUUUGGUCCUGGGUGGGUUGGAGAGGAUGAUAUCUUGGAGCGGCCCCAGUUUCCGUUCUCCCAGAGGCAGAAUAUACCUUCAGCUUAUGACUGUCCUUCGAGGGUUGCAUCUCCGGCAGGCUUAAAUUUUUCUGUUGAAGAUAUCAAAAAUGCCAGAAGAUUGGCUUCCCAAAGCAAGUUAGCUUCCCCAAGCAACAGCAGUUGUGAAUCUUGUGAUAUAAAACAAAUGAAUCAGGCCAAUACGAAUUGCUUCGGUGGUAAAAGCGGGAUUGUAAUGCAAAACAUGCCAUCUCCAAUAUCCGCUUCCUAUGAGGCCUUAGUACCUUCGGAAGCUCCAGGAAUGGUUUCGAGUGGUUACAGGGCCAUCCAACCAAUGCCCAUAAACUAUGUUGACUCAACCAACAGCUUCUCGCAGAGUUCCAGUGGGUUGCAGCCUUUCAAUUCUUUCAGGUCACAUACGCCAUCCUCAGAAGAGCUUUCUUGGAACUUGCCGGUUCAGCAUAUGGAGUGUAAACCAGAUUGUGGUCAGAUUCCUCCUGAUCCGAAUGCCCGGUUCCUGGUACAAGGCUCACCGAGCUCUAGCUUGUUCAUUAGUUCUCAGCAACCCGACUUGGGUUUGCAAUUAUAAGGAUGUUUUUCUUUUAUAUUCUUUUUCCUUAUGAUUAAUCAAUUUGAUGGACCAGGAGUUCGGAACUCCUUGGACUAUACUCUAUAGGAGCGAUUUUUGGUUCUUCGCCACUUAGUAGCUCAACAUGUCAUUCUCUUCAGAUUUUAGGCGACUUUUGUACAGAUGAUUCGCGACGAAUAUAAAUGUGUAGUUUCCGAUGUUUCUGUCGUGGAUAAA